AUGCAGUGGGAGACGUAUAUACAGUCAAAUGGAUCUCCCUCCAUUACCGCCAUAAAGGCUUCCCUCAUUGGACAGAUAUUGGGUUUUCUGAUGGGUCGGCCAAAAGAUCUGCUUGGAAUAGACAUCUUCAACGGGUCCAUAAUAGCCUGGGCGCGUAAAGCGAGGCUGUUCUCUAUUGAUGAGGAGGACGUUGGUGUUGGGAAGCUGCAGGGUGAUGACGAGUCCAUCAAUGCUGCAUGGAGGCCCUGGGCUGAUUUAGAGGAGAGGAAAAGGAUAGUACUGGCUAUCCACCUCCAGGACGCUGAAUUGGCAAAGCUGCACAACCACGAGCCGAUUCUGAGACAUGCCCCUGAAAAGCUACCCCAGAUAUCAUCACCAGAUCUCUUUGCAGCCCCAAGUGCAGCUACCUGGAAGGAGAUAUACAUCAUGACCCGGCUGCCCAGCCCGCGCCCUGAAAUUCCACGUAUGUCGCCGGCGGCGUGCAAUGGAUUCCUGACCUGCGCUAUCCUCGAGUCCAUCUGUGCCCUGGCAUACGAGAAUAGAGACUGUCCAACAUCCUGGCCUCUAGCAUCACGGAAAUGCCUCGACCUGCUGAUAGAACACUAUCAAACAAGCAUAAUAACCACCAACCCAACCCGUAGUAGCAAAUCCGACCCAUUCUGCCUAGCUAUUCUUUGGCACUCCAUCUGCAUGCGCCUCUUUACGAGAUUCGAUGAGCUUGAGCGUGCGUGCGGAAGAGACGGCGAAGCUGCGGCCCUGAAAGCCAGGGUAUAUGCGACCUCGUGGGCGGGCUCUCCGGAUGCAACAAGGACGCUGCUCCAUGCGGCGCUUAUCCAGAACCAUUUCCAGUCCCUUUCUGUUGGUGUUGAGCCAGCGAUCCAUGUUCCGAUGGCGCUAUAUUAUUGUGGGAUUGCGUGGACGUGUUUUACGCGGUUUGGCAGUGCGGCUUCUAUCCGACCCCCUGAUGCUGGCGAGAGUCCGGAGCGUUUGGACUUCCCAGAGAUGAGGUCCUUGAACAUAAACCAAACCCAGCUGGUAAAUGAUGCUACGAAUGGGAUUCAGUGGGGGAAGCCGGAGUCCCCUGCGUACUUUAGGAUUGUUGAUUUACUAGGCAGGAUUACCCAUUGGAGGGUAUCUGGGAGUUUUGCGUCUACGCUUUUGUUACUUGUGGAGGAUGUUCCGGAUUUAUUCUAA